AGAGAUCAGCUCCAUAUCACCUGUAGCUCUCCUUUAAAAAGUUGAACUGGGCGACCCUGUCUGCUGCCCGUGCGGCUCUGAGACGCAUACGGCAUCCAUCUGUUCCCAUUCAGCACCUGACCGCAGCACAGCACGUCUGAAUUUGUUCGGAAGAGGUUAAACAGGACCAUGGUGUUGCCCUGCGCCAUCGAGAUGAGCCCGGAGAGAGACUCCAUUAUCAACACCCAAGAGACCUUCGUCCCUCGAGCGAGGGCAACCAAGGGGAAGGCGGCGUGGGAGCAUCGCUACAUGCUGAGGGACGGCCACUGCAACGUGCUCUUCCAGCAGGCCUCGGGCACGUGGGGUCACUACGUGGUGGACAUCUACACCACCCUGGUGGAGAGUCGCUGGCGGGUGAUGUUCCUGGUGUUCUCCCUCGCCUACAUCCUGUCCUGGCUCACCUUCGGGCUACUCUACUGGCUGAUCGCUCACGUGCACGGCGACCAGGGGCUGCCCGACGAGACUCCGUGCAUGGCCAACGUGUUCGGUUUCACCGGCGCCUUCCUGUUCUCCAUGGAGACCCAGGCGACCAUCGGCUUCGGCAACCGCGGCAUGCUGGAGAACUGCAUGGUGGCCAUCGUGCUGGUGACGGUGCAGGACGUCCUGAGCUGCUUCAUCGACACCGCCAUCAUCGGCGUGGUCAUCGCCAAGAUGGCGUGCGCCCGCAAGAGGGCACGCACGGUGGGCUUCAGCAAGUGCGCCGUGGUCAGCCUGCAGAACGGCGCCCUCUGCCUGCAGUGGCGCGUCGGGGACUUCCGGGGGAACCACAUCCUGGAGGGCGAGGCCCAGGGCCUGCUGGUGCGCCACAGGCGGCUGCCCACGGGCGAGGUCCGCCUCUCCCACCAGGACCUCAAGCUCCGGUGCCGGUCCGUCGCCCUGGCCGUGCCGACGACGCUGGUCCACGAGAUCGACCGCGACAGCCCCCUGUACGGCCUGAGUCCCCGGGCCCUCGCCGAGGAGGAGCAGGACUUUGAGCUGGUGGUGUCCUUCACCUACACGGACGACUCGGCGGGCAUGCUGCGGCAGACGCGCGCCUCCUACACCCCCCCGGACAUCCGCUGGGGCCAGAGCUUCCAGGACGUGCUGCGGCUGGGCAAGAGGCACUUCCACGUCGACUACGCCCUCUUCCACCAGACCACCUGGGUGCCCGUGCCCAUGAUGAGCGCACAGGAGCGGGACAUGGACCAGCGUCUGCCGGACAGCGGGGACUCGGCCGGUCCCGCCACGCGUCGUAAAGUUCAAAUGUCCCGGAGGGAAAAAUCUGACCCUCAGAUUCUUGAGGAGGCUUGGUUUUAACACACUCACACACAUUUAGACAUUGCAUGGAUUAUUAUCUCUAAGUGACUGAUAAAGGUAGUGAAGUAGUGUUCUAUGUGAUAUAUUUAAAAACAAUAUGUAACCCACAACCUCUGUGUUGCUGGCACCAGACUCUGAAGACACCACAGGACUGGUAAACAAUUUGGAGGGGGAAUGUAGGUUACUGUGGAAUAACUACUGUGCUGUUGUCUGCAGUAGCAGUCUGCUAGCACAGAGCAAUGCCAGGAUUACAAAUUGAUGGCAUAGCACAUGUAUGGAGGGAAGCACCUGCUGACUGUCACAGCGAAUGUAAAAUGGGGGGAGAUUGUAAAUAGACCUAUGUUUGUUAAUAUGUUUGUGUUUUUUUUAAGUUAAGUGCAAUACUUGUAGUCUUUAAAACAUCUGUCCUUUAAGUCUGACUCUU